GAAAGCAACGUAGUAUGAAUAAAAAAAAUUCAUAUAAUUAGAAUAACAAGUGUUCUGUGGUGCUAACGCAUACAGUUUUGCUACUCUAACACACAAGUAUGGAACUUUAUAAAUUAUCAAGGUCAUAAAAAAAAGACUUUACUCAAAAUUUUUGAAUUGUUUAAAGUUUUUAGAAAACUUCGUGUAAUUUUUUUUUGUAAUCUAAUGAAUAUUUCGUUUGAUGCGUUAUCAAGCUCAUCCGAUAACGCGUCGGUUUGUGACGAUUUGCAGCCCUGCCCAGUUGAUUUACACGAACAGCAAGGUACAUACUUUAUGUUUCACGAAAUUAUCAGACUCUGUAACAGACCAUGUAGACGAAGGAGUGGAGCCGUUAUUGACCGAAAAUGGAUCGCGUUGGGUGAUGUUUCCAAUCCAAUAUCCUCAAGUGUGGCAUAUGUACAAAAAGCAUAUGGCAUCUUUUUGGACAGCAGAAGAAGUGGAUUUAGCUUAUGAUUACAAGGAUUGGUGUACUUUAAACCAAAACGAACAGCAUUUCAUUAAACAUGUUUUAGCUUUUUUUGCUGCAAGUGAUGGUAUUGUUUUAGAGAAUCUCGCUGUUCGUUUCUUGGAUGAAGUCAAAGUUCCUGAAGUUCGUGCAUUUUAUGGAUUUCAAAUCAUGAUGGAGAAUAUUCAUUCGGAAAUGUAUAGUUUAUUAAUAGACGAAUACAUUCGAAAUCCACAAGAAAAGCAUCAAUUAUUGAAUGCUAUUGAAUCUAUUGAAGCAGUGAAACUUAAAGCCAACUGGGCCGUUCGCUGGAUGCAAGGAGAAAACUCGCAAAGUUCUUUCGCUCAAAGGCUUGUUGCUUUUUGUGCAGUGGAAGGAAUUCUUUUUUCUGGAAGUUUUUGUGCUAUUUAUUGGUUAAAAAAAAGAGGUUUAAUGCCUGGACUUACUUUUUCAAAUGAACUUAUAGCGCGUGAUGAAGGUUUACAUGCCGAUUUCGCUUGUUUAUUAUAUUCUUUAAUAAGAAAUAAACUACCUGAUUCCUUAGUGCAAAAUAUCAUUAGGGAGGCUGUUGAUGUGGAGCGCUAUUUUAUUUGUGAUGCAUUGCCGUGUGAUUUAAUAGGAAUGAAUCGAAGGCUUAUGUCGAAUUAUAUUGAAUGUGUCGCUGAUCGCUUAUUAUGUGAAUUAGGUGUGGGUAAAAUUUAUUUUUCAUCUAAUCCUUUUGAUUGGAUGGAAUUAAUUUCACUCCAAGGCAAAACCAAUUUUUUUGAAAAACGUGUUGGCGAAUAUCAAAAAGCAGGUGUUAUGGCAUCACGUGAACAACAAUGCUUUUGUUUAAAUGAAGAAUUUUAAAUUAAUGCUACGUCAACAUAGAGUGUUUAAAUUUUAGUCGUCACAUGUUUUUUUUUGUAAACCUCUUAAGCCGUCUCGCUUCAA